AGACAACCCACAUCAUCGCUCGCUCGCUUCUUCUACAGCGACGAGUAGAGGGGCGCCCCGACGACAACAAAGAAGAAGUAGAAAAAGGAUGAGCCGGGUCGCCGUUGCUGUGCUGCUGCUGCUUGCCAGCCUGGCCAGCGCCGCCCUCUUCCCCGACCGCACGCCGGUGGUCAACGUGGCGAAUCCAUCGCACUUUCGCAAAGAGGUCCUGGCCAUCGAGAAGCCCACGCUCGUCGCCUUUACCGCGCCCUGGUGCGGCCACUGCCAGCGCCUCGUGCCCCACUUCCACGGCGCCGCCUCCAAGCUCGACGGCGUCGUCAAGUUUGCCAAUGUCGACUGCGACGCCGAGGCCAACAAGGCCACGUGUGCCAAGUACGGCGUCCGUGGGUUCCCCACCAUCAAGGUCUUCCCCGCCUCGAAGCGCCGUCUGCCGAGGGACUACGAGCGCGAGCGCACGGAGCAGGACCUCGUCACGUACGCAGAGGGCCUGCUGCCCGCGAGUGCGCGCAAGCUCCAGGCCGCCGAGCUGCAGGUCUGGGUCGACAAGGACGUGGAGCGGCCCAAGGUCAUCCUCUUCAGCACGCGACCGGUGGCCUCGCCCGUGUACCGCUCCCUCGCGCUCGACUUCCGCUCGUCGGUCGACUUUGCGCACAUGCGCGGCGACGAGCAGGUCGUGCGCUCCGCUGCGCGCCUCGCCCUGGGCCUCGACAUGGCCACCGAGCGCGACCUGCCCGUCCUCGUCAUCCUCCCCGCGCGCUCCACGGGCGUCGAGCUGGAAAAGAGCGAGUUUGAGACGUAUGCCGGCAAGCUCAAGUACUGGCCCGUGAAGCGCUGGCUCGACGAGGUGGUGCCCAAGAUGGGUGCGCAGGUGGGCAAGAAGGCCGCCGCGCCGCCCAAGAAGGCCGCCAAGAAGGCGCCGACGGUCAAGCCCAAGAAGGCCCCUGCGAAGCCGCCGGUGGAAUACUACGACGGCGACAAGGAGAACAUCGUCCCCGACGGCGGCUUCGUCGAGUGGAAGGCGGCCAAGAACGACUUUGGCCGGCCGGGCACGUAUGCAUCGAGCUACGCCGCGGGCGACGACGCACAGACGGAGACGCACAUCCGCGUCAGCGAGCCUGGCGGAGAGCCAACCAGGGAGGAGGAGCAGCAGCAGAAGGAAGAUGCAGAGUCAAAAGACGAGCCGCUGAUGGACACCGAGGAGCCGAUGCGCGAGACGUUCCGGGGCAAGAUGCUCGACAUUGAGCGCGCGGGCCAGCUCGCCGACGAGAUCCGCGCACAGCGCAAGCAGGUCCAGGAGGAGGCCAAGCGGCAGAAGCAGAUGCGCAGCCCGCGAGCCAAGAAGGAGGAAAAGACGGCCGACGGCGACGAAAAGGAAGGCCUCAUGGACAGGGCCAAAAAGGCCCUCGACGACGCCGGCGGACGCGCGUCAGACGCCCUCGGCAAGCUCUUUGACUCGGAAGGCGAGGAGGAGGGGGCAUCGUCACCCUUCAAAGCAAAGGGCCGCGCACUCAUGGCCCAGUUUGAAAAGUGGAUGUCGGGCGAGGACGUCGAGUGGAGCGAGGAGCACGCCGACGUGUACGAAGAGGCGCAGCGCGAGGCCGAGGCGCUCCUGGCGCGCGACCCAGAAAAGGCGCGCGAGCUGGCAUGGCAGAGCGAAAAGUGGCUCCUCGACGAGCUCGAGGCGGACCGGACGCGCAUGGCGGGCAUCAUGACGCAGCGCCAGCGCAAGCAGGUCGACGACAUGAUCGACCUCGUCAAGGGCCGCCUCAGCGAGCGCGACAGCGGCAAGGACGUCUUUGAGCGCACCGACGCCGCCAACCCGCUGCCGGAUGGGGACGAGCCACAGGAGAUCGAGCACGAUGACAGCAAGUCAAACAAGGGCGAGGACAAGUCAAAGAAGAGCGAGCACGGCAAGGACAAACCAAAGAAGGUCACGCAUGAAGAGCUGUGA